UCUGCGAGGCCGUCCGACUGAGAUGCGAAUGGCGGUGCAAACUCUCUACUUCCAUUGAAUUCGGUUCUCCGAAAAAACACUACUUCUUAUCGUCACGAGCUUCCAUUUCAUUUAUUAUAAUCUCUUCUAAACUGAAAACACGAAACUGAGAAGAUAAAAUAACAGAAAAAAAACAGUGCCAGAGAAGGCAAACCCUAAAACAGCACAAUCGAAGAUCAAAGGAGAAAAUAGCAAACCAGAACAAUAUAGUUUCCAUAUGUUCCUACUGCAUUCGCUGUUUCGCAUUGGUUUGGUGGUUCUGUGUUGAAGUUUCAAUCGUUGGACCAUAUAAGAGUUCUACUCGGAUUGGCAAUCCUUGUUUAGGAGGUUAUUCUCCAACUCCUGAUUGCAACUUGAGUCGUGCAGGGUUUGAAUUCUAUUGAAACGCUUCUUCCUAGCCUUGAAGCUAGGAAUUAAAUUCAAUGGAAAGCCGGGGGCGGAAGCGAGCAGAGCUGGUAGAUCAAUUGCCCGCAGAUAAGCGAGCUUGCAGCUCGUCGGACUUCAAGCCCGGUUCUUCGAGUUCAUCUGUUCAAACCCAGAUGGCUUCUACCAACUCUGCCUCUGAAGCACCUGACUGCGAGAUGGAGACUUCAUCCUCUGCUUCAGUCUCCGGUCGAUCCGAAGGAGAAGCCGAGAAGGAUUCUGCUUAUGGGUCUUGUGAUUCCGAUGGAUUGGAUGACCCAGAACAAAGACACAGGAGCUUCCGUGAAUAUCAUCCUCGGAGAUCGUCCAGUGACCAAGCCAAAUUCAAGAGAAUCUUGUCGAGCUUAGCUGAUGAUGCUGGACCCUCCAGCCAGGUUGUGGCCCUUACGGAACUCUGCGAUGUCCUCUCCUUCUGUACAGACGACUCGCUCUCCAGUUUUACUGCAGACUCAUUUGCUCCGAUUCUUGUCAAUUUGGCUAAGAACGAGAGCAAUCCGGACAUAAUGCUUCUUGCUGUCAGAGCUAUUACUUACCUAUGUGACGUGCUGCCUCGGUCAUCUGGGUUUCUUGUACGACAUGAUGCAGUUCCUGCCCUUUGCGCACGAUUAAUGGCCAUUGAGUACAUGGACCUAGCCGAACAGUGUCUGCAAGCCUUGGAGAAGAUUUCCCGUGAUCAUCCACUUGCAUGCUCACAAGCAGGGGCAAUCAUGGCCGUUUUGAACUAUAUUGACUUCUUCUCCACUAGUGUUCAGAGAGUUGCACUUUCCACUGUUGCCAAUAUAUGCAAGAAGCUACCCUCUGAUUGUUCUUCAUCUUUCAUGGAGGCAGUGCCCAUUUUGUGCAAUCUUCUCCGGUAUGAGGACCGGAAGCUUGUAGAGAGUGUUGCUAUUUGCUUGAUAAGAAUAGUGGAGCGGGUCGGUCACUCCUCUGACAUGUUAGAUGAACUCUGCAAGCAUGGGGUGAUUCAUCAAGUCUCACAUCUUGUAGCCUUAAAUAGUCGGACUACCCUCAGCCAACCAAUUUACAUUGGUUUGAUUGGACUGCUUGCCAGACUUGCAUCUGGUUCUGUUCUAGCUGUCAGGACCCUUAUUGAGCUUAAUAUAAGCAGUACCCUGAAGCAGAUCUUAGCUACUUAUGAACUCUCACAUGGCAUGCCUCAUCCUCAUAUUGGUGACAUGCACUCUAGUCAGGUGCAUGAAGUUAUUAAGCUAUUAAAUGUCCUUCUCCCUCCUUUGCCUAGAAAUAAUGAAGAUAUUCCUCUAGUUUCAGAUAAGGAAAGGAUUCUGGUGGAUCAGCCUGAACUUCUGCAACAGUUCAGGAUAGACAUUCUUCCUGUCUUGAUACAGGUUGUUAACUCUGGUGCAAAUUCAUAUGUUUGCUAUGGUUCCCUUUCUGUUAUCAACAAGUUGGUUUAUUUCAGUAGAUCUGACAUGCUUCUUGACUUGCUUAAGAAUACCAACAUUUCAAGUUUUCUGGCUGGUGUAUUUGCACGAAAGGAUCACCAUAUUCUGAUCUCAGCUCUGAAGAUUGCCAAGACUGUCUUGGAAAAACUUCCUGAUGCUUGCUUUAGCUCCUUUGUGAAGGAGGGUGUUGUUUAUUCCAUUGAUGCACUUUUAAUGCCAGAAAGAUCUCCAGAGAUCAUGUUUCCAACAUCUACUGAUAUUGAGCUCUCAUCUGGUUCAAACCAAAAGUUAGCUGCAAGGGAUGAUCCUAGAUGCUUAUGCUAUGCACUUGAUAGUGAUCAGUUUCCUUCAUCUUCAGAAAAGGGAAACUGCAAACUUGAAAGGAACUCUGUUUACACUUUAGCAAAGAAGAUCAAAGCCACCUACUUUGCUACAGAAUCUCAUGACUCUAAAAUAGGAAUGACAGAAACUCUUCAGAAGCUCAGAACUAUUUGUACCCUGUUGAUUGAUAAGGUGAAUAUUCCCAUGAAUGAUUUUACCAAUGACCAACAUGAAGAGUGCUUAUAUGGUAUAUUGCAUCAAAUAAUGAUUGAGCUGAAUGGAGGGGAACCCAUGUCCACUUUUGAGUUUAUUCAAAGUGGAAUAGUGAAAUCACUAGUAAAUUACUUAUCCUGUGGUCAGCAUAUGAAAGAAGAGGUGGAUCAGAAUGUCAUAUCCAUAAAAUAUCAUUUUGUAUUGAAGAGGUUUGAGAUGUUUUCUAUGCUUUCUUUGAUGUCGGUGGGUGGGUUUUGGAAGGACAUGCCCCUUGCAAAUUUAACACAGAAAUUACUAAGUGCAUUUUCUUCCUUGGAAGAUUUCCCUGUUAUUCUGAACCAUGUUUCCAAGUCAAGAAACACCUAUGCUAGUAUUCCAAGUGGGCAUUGCACAAUGCAUCCAUGUUUUAAAGUUCGUUUCGUGAAGGAAGAGGGUGAGGCAUGUCUAUGUAAUUACCCUGGAGAUAUUCUAACUGUUGAACCUUUUACUUCAUUCGAUGCCAUUGAAGGGUUUCUGUGGCCUAAAAUUAGUGGAACUACAGAUGAACACCAUACAUCAGUUUGUCAGCCUUUGGUUCAGUGUAAAAGUGUACUUCUUCCACUACCUUCUGAUACAAGAUCUCCUCAAGGCAAGGAUCUAAAUUUUGUAGGGGAGAUUAACAGCAUAUCUUCUGGUGUGCCAGAGGUCCAGGAAAAUCAAGGUAACAUGUCUCCUCCAAUCAAACGAGCAGUUGAUAUGAUAGAAGGCAAUCCAACAACUUCACAUUUAGUGCAUACGGAGCCUGGCUCUAGAAUACAAGAUUUGCAAUAUUCACCAGAGAUGGAUAGUGAUUUGAAACUAGUGGAUUCUAGUAAUGCUAGUGCCUCCACUUCUACAUCUAGUGGUAAAGAAUGUAUGGAAGGUAGAAAGUGUCCCACAUCCUGUGGUAACAGUGAUGAUCCAACUAAAUUGGUAUUUCACCUUGAAGGGAGAAAGCUAGAUCGGGCAUUAACACUCUAUCAAGAAAUUCUGAAUCAGCAUGUAAAGGCAGAAAAUGAUAUGAUUGUGGGCCCAAAAUUCUGGAAUCAAGUAUACAAAAUAACAUACAGAAAAGCCACAGACCUAGAAAAAUGUGAUUCUCAAGAUAGUUGUCAUGGGUCUUCCAUUUCUUCUGCAUUGAAUAAGCUUGGGACUUGUUGGAAAGAUGUUCCAUUUUUGUCUGGAAUGUUGGUUUCUAAACUUCCUUGUGAUUUGGAGAAAUCAAAUCCUACCUAUGAUAUGCUAGUUUUGCUAAAAAGCUUGGAAGGCUUAAACAGGUCUGCAUUUCAUCUAAUGUCUCAUGAAAGAAGAUGUGCUUUUGCUGAGGGGAGAAGCAAUAACUUUGAUGAUUUGAGGGUGAACGUCCCUUCACUUCCCCAAUCUGAGUUUGUAAGUUGUAAGUUAACUGAAAAAUUGGAACAGCAAAUGCGGGAUCCUUUGGCUGUGUCUGUUGGUGGAAUGCCUUCUUGGUGUGCCCAGUUAAUGGCUGCAUGCCCAUUUCUGUUCGGUUUUGAGUCAAAAUGCAGGUACUUCCAAUUGAAGGCAUUUGGUUCCUCACGAGUUCAACCCCAUCCAUGGCCGCAAUCAGCCACCAGUAACUCUAAUACCUCUAAUGAUAGACAACAACAUGCUGUUCUGCUGCCUCGUAAAAAAUUCCAAGUUCGCCGAAGCCACAUUCUAGAUUCUGCGGCACAGAUGAUGGAUCUGUAUGCCAAUCAUAAAGCUAUUCUUGAAGUGGAAUACAGUGAAGAAGUUGGUACAGGCCUUGGUCCAACAAUGGAGUUUUAUACUUUGGUUAGUCAUGAGUUUCAGAAGGCUGGCCUGGGUAUGUGGAGAGAGGAUCAUAGUACUCCCACUGCGGGGAAAGGCUUGGAUGAUAAUAGUUCUGGAUUUGUGGCAGCUCAUCUGGGACUUUUCCCUCGUCCAUGGUCUCCUUCAUUGAGUGCCGACAAGACACUGGUUUCAGAAGUGAUCAAAAAGUUUGUCCUUCUUGGUAAGAUUGUAGCAAAGGCUCUACAAGAUGGAAGAGUUCUGGACUUGCCCUUCUCCAAAGCCUUCUAUAAACUUAUUCUUGAAAAGGAACUCUGUAUAUAUGAUAUUCAAUCAUUUGAACCUGAGUUUGGAAGAACGUUGCUAGAGUUUCAGGCCCUUGUGGACAGAAAAAAAAAUUUGAACUCUAUUUCUGAGAAAGGCACAAAUUUUAUAUCUGACUCAUGUUUCCGUGAUACCAGAAUUGAAGAUCUUUGCCUUGAGUUUACUCUUCCUGGAUAUCCAGAUUAUGUUCUUGGUUCUGAACCUGGCAAUAAAAUUGUAAAUAUGGAUAAUUUGGAAGAAUAUGUUUCUCUCACUGUGGAUGCAACUGUGAAUAGUGGAAUCAUCAGACAAGUAGAAGCUUUUAAAUCAGGAUUUAACCAGGUCUUCCCAAUUAAAAGUCUACAAAUAUUCAGUGAAGAGGAGCUUGAGCGUCUAUUAUGUGGUGAACGGGAUGCUUGGGCCUCCAAUGAGAUUGUGGAUCACGUCAAGUUUGAUCAUGGCUACACAUCUAGCAGUCCUCCUGUGAUUAAUUUGCUGGAAAUUAUACAAGAGUUUGAACACGACCAGCGACGAGCAUUCCUACAAUUUGUGACUGGGGCACCUCGUCUCCCUCCAGGGGGCUUAGCUGCUUUGAACCCAAAACUAACAAUCGUGCGCAAGCACUGUAGCGAGUGGGUUGAUGGAGAUUUGCCUAGUGUGAUGACUUGUGCCAAUUAUCUGAAACUUCCUCCUUAUUCUUCCAAGGAAAGAAUGAGAGAGAGGAUUUUGUAUGCUAUUACUGAAGGACAGGGGUCUUUCCACCUUUCUUGACUUCGGGGCAUGCCAUCCACGUAUAUUCAACUGUGAAUUUGUAAUUAAUAGUUUAGGUGGUGGUGUAGAUAAAGAAUUGGAGUGAGCAGAUGAUGAUGGUGAUAGGGAGCUACUAAAUACGGGGGAAGGGGAACAAAGAAGCCCCCAUCUUCGUUUAGCAAUUGGGAGUUGUGUAAAUACAAGGCAUAAGAAAUUUAAUAUCUAGAUAGUAGCUGUAAAAAGUUGAAGGUACUCGGAGAGAUCUCCAUCCUUCGUUCUUGUGUACAAAGUUGCUAUGUACAGGGAACCUAAAA